GAAUCUCAAGAAUCUGGCAGUGGCAUCAUAUUUUCACUAAAAUGUUAAAAAAGAGUACGUCUUUAAUUAGUUUGAAUAUUUGUCCUUAUCCAAUAUUCCAAAUCUUUCCUCAUCAACAUCUCUGAUCUCAAUAAUAAUUAUAUCUUACUAUUUAUUUGUUAUCCACUACCAUUUUUGUCAUUUAACAAAAUCCAAAACUUACCUAUUUAUGAACACCCAUCUAUGGUAAAUUAUCAGUGAUUAAUUCCCCCUCUAACAAUGGCCAAAAAAUCUUUUUUCUAUUUUUUUGCUUUUGUCAUUCUUAUUCUUUGUAAAAAUAAUAAUUCAUGUACAGCAGCUGAAGAAAUAAAAUUGUAUGAAUUGAAGAAGGGUGAUUUUUCUAUAAAAAUCACAAAUUAUGGUGCAACUGUUCUUUCUGUUAUAGUCCCUGAUAAAAAUGGAAAAUUGGAUGAUGUUGUUCUUGGCUACAAUUCCAACGAUGAUUACAAGAAUGACACAACAUAUUUUGGUGGCCUAAUUGGAAGAGUUGCUAAUCGAAUUGGAGGAGCAAAAUUUGAAUUGAAUGGUGUGGAAUAUAAAUUACCAGCUAAUGAUCAUGGAAAUACACUACAUGGGGGUAGCAGAGGAUUCUGUGAUGUAAUGUGGACUGUGGAAGAUUUCCAAGAAGAUAGUCAUAUUACUCUUACCUACAAUAGCUUUGAUGGUGAAGAAGGAUUUCCUGGUGACCUUUCUGUCAAGGUGACAUACAUGUUCAUUGGGACAAACAAAUUAGCCAUAAACAUGCAAGCAAAGCCACUAAACAAAGCCACACCAGUGAAUUUAGCAUCACACACUUACUGGAAUCUUGGUGGAGACACCAGCGGCGACAUUUUGUCCCACACUAUUCAGAUUUUCGGGUCCCAGAUUACUCCUGUUAAUGAUCAGCUCAUCCCCACAGGGAAAAUCACUCCGGUUAAAGGAACAGGCUACGAUUUCCUCCAGCCGCGGACAAUAGGGAGUGAGUUAAGUGAAAUCCCAGGUGGAUACGAUAUCAACUACGUGUUGGAUAACACCAAGGGCAAGCAUUUUCAUAGGGCUGCAACUGUCCAGGAAAGCAAAUCAGGUAGAAAGAUGGAAUUGUGGACUAACAAACCUGGUGUGCAGUUUUAUACAAGUAAUAUGUUGGACAAUGUUAAGGGAAGAGGUGGAUUUAUUUACAAAAAGUAUGCUGCACUUUGUUUGGAGACACAAGGAUUUCCAGAUUCUGUCAAUCAUCCCAAUUUUCCUUCACAAAUUGUGAAUCCAGGGGAAACUUAUAAGCACAUCAUGGUUUAUAGGUUCACUGCCUCGUAGGAACUUUUAGAUUUUUCAUUGUUCUAAGUACAGUUGACAGACCUUUCUUGUUUAGCGUCACAUGCAUUUGUAUUAGGAGCAACUUACGUUUAUGCUGCUGAAGUCUUAACAAUAAAGACACCCCCCGUCUCAUUUUACUUCGCCUCUAAUGUGAAACAGAGGGAGUAGCUCUUAGUCUUCACUUAGAUAUUAUAUUUCACUGAUUAUUUCUGGAUGUACUUUAAUGCCCUACUUUUGUUUGACUGCUACUGAUGUUAAUGAUACAUCAUUCUCAAUUUGUAAGCAAA